AUGACCGUCCUAUUAGAACCUACAGUUGUUUUUUCCAAGCCUAGUAUUGCUCCAUUGAAGAUAGCUGUCAAUGGCACUUCCACGAAUGAAGUCGACUUCAUCCUAAGGGAGCGUCCUUGGCGGCUCCUACACCUCGUCGAUGUUCUCAACCCUCCCCCGGUCGCCCAAGAAGAGCAUCCGGAUAUCCAUAUCCAGCGACUACUCCAACUGGCCUGGAUCACUACGAUCAAAGCAUUUACCUGCUCAACAACCCUAUACAUUGGUCAAGACUAUUCAAAGGGCCAAAGCUAUAUAGGCGAAACAGCCCAUGGUUACUCGAAGCCGACCGUCCAGAUCCACGUAGAUCCCCAUGACACCGUGAAAGACCUCUUUCGCGAGAGCAUUGAAGCUCUGGCCCCGUUAUCCCAUGUCAAAGCUACAGAAAAUGGCCACACCGACAAUACCGACAAGAAUUCUGCUUUGGACGUGACAAUCAUCUACGAGAAACAACCGGCGCACCGGAACCUGUCUGGUGCGGAUACAUGCGUGGGCGAAUGCCAAGUCUGCUGUGCCAUACCGGGGAAAGACUCGACGGAGGUUAACAUGAUAUUCGCCGGCCUCCGCCUUUCAAUACGGCAUACCUCCGAUGAUAGGUUACACGCCCGACUGGACAUUGGGAACACUGGCAUCGGACUACCAUUGGCUAAAAGCCUCCUGAACAGCUUCAACCAGGCCCUCUCCUCAAUCGAUGGUGCACCCACACAAACGAUUGGUAGCCUCGAUUUAUGCUCCGCGCAGGAUCGUGACCAGAUUACCCAAUUUACUGGGAAUAUCGCGCCGGCCCAUGAUUCCCUCUUACAUGACCUCUGUUUACAACAUGCAAAAACAACACCCGAUGCUCCAGCUGUUCGCUCCUGGGACGGGGAUUUGACAUAUUAUCAACUCGAGGAUCUGACUUCCCGAUUAGCACAUUGGCUAGUGGGACAAGGCGUAGGACCAAAUAUCUACGUGGCUUGUGGGUUCUACAAAUCUACCUGGGCGAUUGUAGCUAGACUGGCUAUCCUCAUGGCCGGUGGUGCGUACAUCUGCGUUGAUGGCAGUGAUCCGCCACCAUAUCUGCAAUCCUCGCUCGAACGCACCCAGAUAAAGAUCAUGCUCACUUCCGUCGGGUACAAGGAGAGAUUUUCUGAUCGUGUUGAAACUCUGUUCGAGGUCAGCGAGGAAUCCGUUUCCAGUUUACCAUUGGUGAAUUCAGUCCCUUGUACAACCGUCAAGCCCACAGACCCUUGCGUUGUACUCUUCACAUCAGGAAGCACGGGGAAACCAAAGGGAAUAAUCCAAGAGCACCGUAGCUAUGCUUCCGCGUUGACGGAUUACAUCCGAGUCAUGGAUAUGGGGCCGCAUAGCCGGAUGUUCCAGUUCGACUCGUACACCUUCGACAUCAGCAACAACGACUUCCUGACACCGCUCAUCGCCGGCGGGUGCUGCUGCGUCCCAACAAGAUCACUCACAAUGCAAGCGCUGAUGAACGAUAUGAACGAUCUGGAGGCGAACAUAAUGUUCGUCACACCAUCUGUCGCUAUCGAUAUGGAACCAGAACUCGUCCCAACACUGAAAAUGAUGUGUAUCGGCGGCGAGCCAGUCUCAGACGCGGUACUGAUGAAAUGGCUGAACCGAGUGCAGGUGGUCAACCAAUAUGGCAUGGGCGAGAUAGCUUCCCUGUGUGCAUAUAACCGCAAUCUCCAGAUGGGCCAUGGGUCAGUGGUCGGUCGUCCUGCUACGGGUGCAAUCUGGAUCGUUAAUCCCGAUAACCCCAAUCAACUAAUGCCUGUGGGAGCGGUGGGAGAACUUCUCAUCGAGGGUCCGCAUCUCUCCAAGGGAUAUCUAGACCACGUCUCUGGAAAAUCGGAGAACUUUCUCACUUCACCGCCAGUGUGGAUGGACCAGCUACACACCGACAGGCUGAAACACCGCUUCUAUCGCUCCGGUGAUCUAGGUCGAUACAACCAUGAUGGGACUAUCGAAUUGAUGGGCCGAAAGGAUAGCAUGCUCAAGCUCGACGGUGCACGAGUUGAAGCAGGCCAGGUGGAGUAUGUUCUCCGACGCAAUUUGAAAACCGGAGAUGCCGUCGUUGUGGAUGUCCUAGGUGUGAUUGAUGGCCAGAGCGAUCCCAUCCUUGCCGUUUAUAUAUACUUGGCGAAUAACCCGAUGAACAUGGAAAAUGGUCCGGUUGAAGAGAUGGGGUUCCGUCCGAUCAGCGAUAAGUAUGCUGUGCAUGCACUCACUCAAUCGCUGAGUGAGGCAGUCCGCCAGAGUUUACCCAAGUACUAUGUCCCUGGGCUGUAUAUCCUUAUGGAUAGAGUCCCGCGCACCAAGUCCAAGAAGACAGAUAGGCGAAAGCUUCACAUGCUGGGACAGGCUUAUUACAUGGAGCAUCGGGAUGAGCUGGAGGAUAUUACUGUCUGGUUUGAUUGGAGUAAGAUAUGA